CCUUUCCAAAUAAUGUCAACUUUAUGGUGAUGCUCACUUGACAGCCCCCACUCAAUAUAGAAAAAGCUGGGCAUCGUGUCCUCAGCUAGCUGUUGAAAAUUAAACUUGAUUUUUAGAUAAAAGUGUUGCCACCGGAUUUUUGCUCGCCGACAUGAACUCCGCCACUAUGCCGUCGCCGCACGUUGCUUUCAUCGCCUUCCCGUUCGCCUCCCACCCGCUCUCGAUCUUCCAAAUUGCCCGAACCGUCGCCGCCGCCGCCCCCUCCGCCGUCGUCUCCUUCCUGGCCACGCAACGCGCCCUCUCCUCUCUUCCCCCAGCUGACGACACCCCCAACCUCCGGUACGUCCCAGUCGCUGAUGGCCUUCCUACGGACGCCUCCUCCCCUCCAACCAAGGACAUCCUCCACCAGAUUGCGCUAUUCGUCUCGUCGACCCCCGGUAACCUAAAGCAGGGCAUCUCCGCUGCGGUUGAGGCCAACGGCGGCGUGCCGGUGAGCUGUAUUUCCGGCGACUCGUUCAUGUGGAUGUCAGCCGAUGUGGCGGCGGAGAUGGGCGUGCCGUGGAUCCCGCUGUAUACGGCGAGCUCCGCUGCUUUCCUCGCUCAUCUCCACACCGAUCUGCUCCGCCAGAAGUUCGGCGUCGACGGCGCGGUCGGCCGUGAGGAGGAGCUUCUAGACUUCAUUCCCGGCCUCGAAGGGCACCGGGUCCGAGACCUCCCCGAGGGAAUAAUCGCUGGUGGCAUCGAUUCCCCCGUCUCCGAUCUCUGCUACCGCAUGGGUCAACGGACCCCCAAAUCCACCGCCGUCGUUUUCAACACCUUCGAUGGCCUCGACUCCGCGAUCGAUAACAGUUUAGCCUCCGCCUUAACCAGAUACCUUCCGAUCCCCUUUCACUUCUCGUCCUCCUCGCCGGCGGCGGACCCCAACGGCUGCCUCCCCUGGCUCGACCGCCAGGCCCCUACCUCGGUAGUCUACGUGAGCUUCGGCUCCAUCAUAACCCCGCCGUUGGCAGAGCUCGCCGAGCUAGCGGAAGGCCUCGAAGCCAGCGGUGUGCCGUUCAUAUGGUCUCUCAAGGAGGCGUUGUGGGAAUGCCUGCCGCCGGGGUUCCUGGCGCGUGCGGCGGCGGCGGGGCAGGGGAUGGUGGCGGGGUGGGCGCCGCAGCAGGCAGUGCUGGGCCACGCCGCGGUGGGUGGGUUCGUGAUGCACACCGGGUGGAACUCGGUGAUCGAGGCGAUCGCCGCCGGCGUGCCAAUGAUAUGCCGUCCGAUCUUCGCCGACAAUUUCAUGGCCUUGCGGUCGAUGACUUUGGAGUGGGGGAACGGGAUGGGGUUCGAGGGGGGAGUGAUGACGAAGGAGGGGGUGGUGCAGGCUCUGGAUGCGCUGAUGAGAGGGGAGAAAGGGAGGCAACUGAAGGCGCGAGCGAAGGAGCUCAAGGACGCCGCCAUGGCGGCGGCGGCGCCCGGUGGUAGCUCCCACAAUAAUUUCGAGACCAUGCUCCAGUUGAUGCUCGGAAGUAAAAAAUAACCAUUUUCACAGUAGUAUUUCAAAAAAUAAAAAUAUCGCCGUGCCAGUUGCACUUUUAUUUUAUCUGACUAUGGAUGUGAUUUUGGAACCGCAUCGACCGGCCGCUUCAAUUCGCUGAAACCCGGUUUGAAUAUCCUAGCCGUAUCGGGCAUGAACAGGGCGAACUAAACCCGCCGGACACGACGAAUUAAUUUAGACCUCGAAACUCUUGCCUGGAUCACGUGAUCAAUUUCGUAUGAACUUAAUUAAUCUUAAAGAGAGAUAUUGUACAUUGAGCUGUUUAUUGUAUUAUAUCAUUCGAUGCGUUAAACCCUAGCGCUCAAUCGAUGCUGCUGCGCGCCGACUGAUCAUGUCGUCGGAACCUGAGCAGUUCGCCCGUGGAUCGGAGGCGAAGACCAUUGAGCUUGCCGAGAAGGGAACAAUUCGCGUUUGAAGCUAGCCUCUAGCAUCUAAACCUGUUGUGGGUUCAUCCAUGAAUAUGAUAGAAGGGCUUGAAACUAACUCCACUGCAAUUGUUAGACGUUUGCGCUCUUCUGCGGCAAGGCCAUUUACUCCUGGUAAACCUACCAUUGCAUUCUUCAGUUCCUUUAGCUCAACCAGUUCCAUAACUUCAUCUAUGAAUAGCUGAAGCAGAGGAAAAAAUACAGAGUUGGUUUACUUGAGAAAACAAAGACGAAGCCGUGCUGAGUACCAUAAAGAUUCUAGAACGGUUAGACAAGGAGAGUGAGUAUCUGAUUGUUCACAAUAUCCUGAAAUCCUGGCAAAUGUUUCCUGCUUUUUAGGAUAUCCUGAUAUCUUGAUGCUUCCUUCAAUGUACCCUGCUGUUUUUCUUCCUGCUAAAACAUCUAGUAAUGUAGUCUUUCCAGCACCUGUCACUCCCAUUAGUGCAGUUAGUACUCCAGGCCUGAAGACUCCAGAGACUUGCCGUAGCAACUGAAGCUUAUCCUGCUUCACUCCAGCUUGCUUCAGUUGCUAUGAACAGUUAGAGAGAAGAGCUUAGUCAUGUAACAUACUAGGUGCACAAACUAACCAAUCUUGUGUCUGAAAUGAUAAACUUUAGCCAUUUACCUUAGGCAUGUCUACAUAAUAAUUAAUAUUUUUGAAUGCUACGGUCAGAGGUUGAAAUGGUAGAGACAUCCUUCUCUGGUGUGUUGCUUCAGCUGUUAAUUCUUGGGCGUCAUCUGCAUUAACCUUCUUGAAAUCUGUAGGCGCCAUACGUAUGUUGGAUCGACUUCUCAAUGGAGCUGCAUUUGUUGGAGCAAUAUAUUAAAAGAAACAUGAUUGGGUAUUCAAGUGCAACAAUGCUGAGAAUGUUGAAAACCAGAGCAAAUGCAAGCAAUAUCGCUACAGAGUACCAGUACCAGUGCCACUCUGUUAACAUCCCUCUUUGUCUCAGAAUGGUCUUUCCAACUGUAUCCUCGUUGCUUCCUCCAUUGUCAAUUUUCUGUAAGAAUAAUUGCAGAUAGUGAGUUAUCCCAUUGAAUAAGGAAGUUUAAGAAUUUAGGCAUUGUUAAUUAUAUUUUCUUCUGAAAUUACUAAUGAAUAAGGAGAAGUAUCUAUUAUUCUUGUGAAAGCAAGUAUAAAUUGCUUUGCUCAUUUUGUCAUCAGAAGCUAUGAAUGUGGAGUCAUAAACUUUUCUUCAUAUGCAUAUUCAAUGCUUUUCAGAACAUUACUGUAGCUACAAGUUUCAAGCAGUGAGUUUGCAAUUUUUAUUGCCGUAAUAGCUUACCGUACUCCAUCUUUGAUCAAGAAAUUCAUUGAUUGCUACAGCAUUCUGACCAUAUGUCAAAGGUGAUAACCAAUAGCCCCAGACCAACCAUGAUUGAAUAGCAUCUGUUUUCAACGUAUUAAACAAGUAUUUAAUUAUUAGGAAAAAAAAAGGUUAAAGCAGGAUAGGAACAGAUUUACAUCUUAUAAUACCAAACUGUGAAACCAUCAGUAAACUAACCUUUGGAUAUGACAAAACCUCCUAGAAUGUAGACAGCCACUAAAGUGGCUGUCCCUAGUGUGUUAGCCAUCAGCUGUGUUCUUCCGAUAACCGCUAUAAAGCGGAAAAGUGACAUCGACAUCUGAUGCACACAAAAUAAUGCCAAGAACUGUUGCAAGAAUCUGCAAUGGAACAAAUAUAUGUUUCUUUUUAAAUUCAUUGCAAUUGUUAUGCCCACCAAAUCAAGAUUGAGGAACAAGGUAUAUGUGUGGACCUACCUAAUUGCUGAUGGUGCAAAGCCAAUUACAUAGUAUGUCAGACUUGUCCAUAGACCUGCUUCAACAAAUGAGGCUGGGAGGCUGAGGAUUGUAAUAGGUAAAAGGAAAGCCCAUCCUGGCAGAAAUAGUACUUCCCUCUGCUUGUAAUAGAUAGGAAGUCUUCUGAUGAUAAUUUGCAAUUCUGUCAUACCAUUGAAUUUUACCAUCACCACUCCACCAAAUAUUGCUCCGAGAUAAUGAUAACCAUCCAUUACUGUCUGAUGUUUCAUUGUUGUUCGGAGGAAAAUUGUCAUAGUGAUAAAUGCCAGCAAGAUGAUUUGUAUGGCCUUGAAUAUGUGAAAUGGAGAAUUUCUUUUCAUUAGUAGCUUUUCCCUUGAGAAGCUGGCCUUGAAUAUCUCCCACUUUGGGACGCUAUACAUCUGGUUUAGUUUGAUAAUUUGAUCACCCUCGUCAAUGUUAAAUGGCUUUUGCAAGUCUUCUUGGAGUUGCUGGCCAAAGCUGGAAGAUCUGAAGCAUUCUGAAAAUUUUUGUACGGAUAUGUACUGAUAAGUACUUUUGCUACCUGUCCAGUAUUGUGAUUGAUCCAUCUUUGAUAUUAUCUGGAUAAGUUCAUUUCACACAGUCAUUUCAUCUGAGAAAUUUCAUAGACCUACAUAACCAGUUUUAACAUGUUUUUUUGUUUGAUAUUUUUGAUUUUUUAGUUUCAGUAGUCACGUAUUCAAGCAUGCUUAAAUCUUUUCUUUUCUUUGUCAGAAUUCUUGAAGCUUUUUCCAAUCUCUGUUCUGAAAUAUGCUUCUACUAGGGUUUUCAUUAAGUUGUAAAUUACAAAGAACUUGUAGUCAGUGCCUGACACAUCUAUUUCAAAUUAUAUAAUUAAUUCUUAAUCCAUAAUCCAUGGGAAAUCAGUUACUUAGAGGAACAACUGGUAUUUAAUACCUCUUGCAGGAAGUCUGCAACGUUCUUUCUGUCAGGACAUUUGAAGCCCAUCCAUUCAAAAUAUUUAAGGACAUGUUCUCUUGGUCCUUGGUAAGCAAUUUUUCCCUCACAUAAAAGGAUUAUGUCAUCAAAUAGAUCAAAUGUCUCUUGAGUAGGCUGAAGCAAAGAUAUAACCAUGGUGAAAUCCAAACCAUGUGUAAGCUGCUGCAGAAACUUGAGAAUACGAAAGGUAGUGGAGCUAUCAAGCCCUGUGGAAAUGUCAUCCAUGAAAAAACAUUGUGCUAGUCCUACUAGCAUUUCACCUGCAGAUGUGCAACAGUGCAAGUUGCAAAAUUAAAUGCCUCUGGAGAGUUACUACAGCAUGGUACAACAUCUCAGCAUACAUCAGCCAAGCCUAUAUGAUGCUUCAAAUUUCUAAGCCCUCCAUCCCAGCCUUUCACUUCCACACCCAUAAUAUUAUGAAUUAUAAAGCUGGCACAUUUAUAAUGGUGCUCAACAGCGCUCCCUCUCGCCUUGGCUGAACAAAGUGACAAGGAACAUGAUUGGAGUUAAAUCACUGUCUCAAUGCACAGUGUUUUUUAGGAAAUCUUCCAUGCUAACAUAGACAAGUGGAAGAUGAGAUUCAAACAAGUUUAUGAAACUUCUGCGGGACCAAAAGGAUAUAACUUUUGGCAACUAGGAAUUAAGGGAAUGUUUAAUUAUCAACAGAGUACUGAAAACAUAAUUAUCUAGUAAAAAUGGGCCAUGAAGGUAUAUUAGGAACCUGAGCAGUGUUGAUGAUGACAUUCGGAAGGGUGGGAAGAACUCUCCCCGAAGCAUGGACCUCGGUCUCCACUGACAAAUGCUCGAACCUGACUUCAAUCUUUGGAGCUUUGAUCCCCGACCUACAAUCAUUCAAUUGAAAAAAAAAGCAUGAACAAUGAGUUGAUGGAGUAUUUUUCAUCUCGUCACACACUAGCUAUAUAUACCUUCUUCUCCAAUCCUUCAACCUGGUUACGAGCUCUUCAUGCUCCUCACAGAUCCUCAAAGAGAGCAUGCAUGCAUUAAUUGCUCGCUGCUCUUUAUCACUUCGAAGACGCUUGGGCAACAAGUUAAUGAUUGUGGUAGCAGUGGAGAAGACGAAGGGAGAAGGUGUGCAUAUUUAUAGGGAGAGAAGCAAAGUAUUGAUGCAUGAAACCAUUAAACCUAACUCCUUACGUGGUGUAACUGUCUCCAUUAGCUAUUUUGACGUUCAUUAUAUCAACUAGAGUGCCGGCCUAAACUUGCGGUACCAUGUCAGACCAGUCAAACUUUGCUUACAUGCGAAAAACUCGAUUGGUCUACGUGUACAGUCAAUCCAUGCAUGGGAACAAAACUAUACUUGGACAUUUCAGCACUUUUACGUACGUGAGAUGAGAACACUCUUAGCAUUUUAAUUAACAAGGGUACUUUGCUUAAUUAAUUAAGAGGAUUUUUGUCAUGUAAUUAAACCCUUUAUGUAUUUUGCUUU